CCCCCAACUCAGUAAAACUCAAACCGAAAAUAACAGCACAAGCACAAAGCAAAGGUCACUUCUUUAAUCAACUCCCACCCACCAAGAUUCAAUCUUUCCACCAUCAUUCUCCAAAACACAAACUACCCAUUUCAGAUUUGAACCUUCCGAGCAACACCCAGAACCCGGAUUUCGAUUCCGGAGCUCCGAUAGUUAAAAAAAAAAAUGAAGAAGCUGAAGAGCUAUUACAUGCAUCUGAGGCACCAGCAGCAGCAGAAGACCAUGGAGCUCAAGUGGAUCUUCCCGCUGGCGAUUGGCUCCAUCGUCUCUCUCUUCCUCCUCUUCCUCACCACGCUAACCUCACCCGACGGUUCACCCUUGCUUCCCUUCUACCGCUACUCCAUUUCCCUCUCCAGCUCCGUCUUCAUCGAAUCCAAGCUCCACCCUCUCCCCGUCUCCUACCUCCCGCCGCCGCCGCGCUUCGCCUACUUCGUCUCGGGCUCUAACGGCGACGGCAAGAUGCUCAAGCGGACGUUACAGGCGCUCUACCACCCGCACAACCAGUACGUGGUGCACUUGGACCUGGAGUCGCCGCCGGAGGAGCGGUUGGAUCUGCAGAAUUACGUUUCUACCCACCCGGUCUUUGUCAAGUUUGGCAACGUGAGGAUGAUCACCAAGGCUAAUUUGGUCACUUACCGCGGCCCGACUAUGGUGGCCAACACGCUCCACGCGGCGGCGAUUUUGCUCAAGGAAGGCGGCGAUUGGGAUUGGUUUAUCAAUCUCAGUGCUUCUGAUUAUCCGCUUGUCACUCAGGACGAUCUGCUGCACACAUUUUCGUACCUGCCGCGGGAUCUUAAUUUUAUUGAUCAUACUAGCAACAUUGGAUGGAAAGAGUACCAAAGAGCCAAGCCCUUAAUUGUGGAUCCUGGGUUGUAUAUGACAAAGAAGGCUGAUGUGUUUUGGGUUACGCAGCGCCGGAGUGUGCCAACAGCUUUCAAGCUUUUUACAGGUUCUGCUUGGAUGGCACUUUCAAAGCCUUUUAUUGACUACUGUAUAUGGGGAUGGGACAACCUACCUCGAACUGUUCUCAUGUAUUAUGCAAACUUUAUAUCAUCCCCAGAAGGAUACUUUCACACUGUCAUCUGUAAUGCACAAGAGUUCCGCAACACAACUGUGAAUACUGACCUACAUUUCAUAACAUGGGACAAUCCUCCCAAGCAACAUCCGCACCACCUCAACCUUGGAGAUAUGCAAAGGUUGAUUAGCAGCAAUGCUCCAUUUGCAAGAAAGUUUCGCAAAGACGAUCCAGUGCUUGACAAAAUUGAUUCUGAGCUAUUAUUUAAGGGUCCAGGCAUGCUUGUUCCUGGUGGUUGGUGCACAGGAAGAAGGGAAAAUGGGUCUGAUCCAUGCUCUGUUAUUGGUAAUACCACAGUUCUCAGGCCUAGUCCUGGAGCAAAAAGGCUAGAACUUUUGAUCAGCUCACUAAUGUCAAACGAGAAUUUCCGACCAAAACAGUGCAAAUGACAAGAAGUUAAAACUGUUGUUGAAUCAUUCCCCAGUUCUACUCAGUUCAUUUAUACUUGACGAUGGAAUACAGUAUCUUCAGGGAAAUGGUAUUUUCUUAUAGUCGGGGGAGAAAAUGGCUCAAAGUAUGCACAUACCUAUUGACAUGGUAAAUGGCUCAGAGUAUGCACUUUUGAUUUACAGAGCCAAGAAUGUGGUGAAUUGUAUCAAUUACUGAGCUAGAUUGCUUCCCGCUAUGAUGACAUGGUAUGCACCACUUGGGUGGUUUGUAGGUCACCAUUUCCCGUUUACAUUUUUUUUUUUUGUUUUUUCAUUGAAAUGUUGAUACUGUAUUUCACAUGGUCCGGCAGUAAAUUGUUUCUUGAGACUAAUGAUGUGGUGUAAGAACAACUGGGAAUAUGUAUAUUUGAAAGAGGAAAUCCAAAGAAUAUUUGUCUGA